CCAGAUUACUGAAAUAUUCCGACGCGCACCAGUUUUUCCAUAUUUUAUAGUUUUUUUAAAAAAAGAAAACUGUAAAAAUGUCCCGACGAUAUGAUACUAGAACAACAAUCUUCUCCCCGGAGGGUCGCUUAUAUCAGGUUGAAUAUGCAAUGGAAGCUAUAGGUCACGCUGGAACAUGUCUAGGGAUUUUGGCUAAUGAUGGAAUUCUCUUGGCUGCCGAACGUCGAAACACAAAUAAGCUUCUUGAUGAGAGUGCACAAAGUGAAAAGAUUUAUAAGCUAAAUGAAGAUUUAGCUUGUAGUGUAGCAGGCAUCACCUCGGACGCUAACGUCUUGACAAACGAGUUACGCUUGAUUGCCCAAAGAUAUACUCUGCAAUAUCAAGAGCCGAUACCUGGUGAACAGCUCGUUAGUAUGUUAUGCGAUAUUAAACAAGCCUACACCCAAUUUGGAGGAAAGAGACCAUUUGGCGUGUCCAUUCUUUAUAUGGGUUGGGAUAAACACUACGGAUUUCAAUUGUAUCAAAGUGAUCCAAGUGGAAACUACGGUGGAUGGAAGGCGACUUGUAUCGGGAACAAUAGCAGCUCAGCUGUUUCAAUGCUUAAGCAAGAAUACAAGGAUGAUUUGAACCUUAAUCAAGCAUUAAAAUUAGCUGUUAAAGUUCUCAGUAAAACUUUGGAUACAAAUAAAUUGUCCAGCGAGAAAGUUGAAGUUGCAACGUUGACACGAAAAGAUGGAAAAACGGUUUUAAGAAGUUUGCCUAACGAAGAGCUCGAUAAAUUGAUAAAGGAGUUUGAAGAAGAAGAAGCGAAGACUGAAGGUGAAAAGAAAUCGUAAUAAAACUGUUCUCUUUUCAUUAAUUUGUCCAUUGUUAUCUAAUCUAAUUAUAUGUAUAAUGAGUAAAAGCUGAAAAUUUAUAUUUUCGAACAUGAUUCUCAUUUUCCAAAGACUGCGAAGGUUACAUAACUAUAGUCAAUGAAUGAGAAUACGAUAUAUGGAACUUUGAGCAUUGUCCCCUAAAGUUUUUUUCUACAUUCAGCAAUCCUGGUAACAAUUAAAACUUUGUCCAGGAAAUACAAUAACAAAUAUAUGAGCUUUUUCACUCUUCUUUUCGUUUUCAUAGUUUUCGAUAAAACGAGCUGGUUUAUAAUUUAUAACCUGAAAAACA